AUGCAGCAGUCGCGAAAACCGACUGGAGGAAAACCCUCUUCGUUUCCAUCAAACGGCCAAUCUACCGGAUCACAGACCAAAACCCAGAGCAAUAUCAGUACCAUGUUCAACAAGCCUCACCUAGCCAAUUCAUCCAAAGCCACUCCUGCAGCACCAGCAAAGACGGCCCUUCAGCAUCGGUCUCCCAAUAUUAUUAACAGCAACCCCCCGCGGUUUUUCCCUAAGGGCCAGGGCCUUGCAUCGUUGUACAAACAGUCCGAUUCUUUUAAGGAGGAGGAGGCACCCGAAGCAACUGAAGCCACAAAGGGCGGCGCUGCUCAGCCAUCGGCGCCGAGUGUGAGUGAGCUCGCUGCUGCAGUGCAGUUCUCAAUUGAGGACCUCAGCGAUGACGAAAGCCUGGCUUUGGAGUUUCAGGCUCCCUCUGCCUUGCCCUCUCGCCCUCAACAAGAACCGGGAUCUAGCAAGAUUGAACAGAACGAGCCCCCUCCGGCUAGCAACACGAGUGUCAUCUCUUGGUCGCAAUCUUCACCUUCCCAUUACCGACCCCCUCCUCGACCUUCUGAGCUUAUGGCAGAGCAGCUGCAACCUGCUGCUAAACGACCGUCACCAGACAACGAGGCACAGGAGUCUGUGCCUAUCAAGAAAAAGCGACAAUUGCCCCCGAAUUGGGAUCGGCAACCUGCAGAUCAGGACUUAAAGGAGGUUCAAAGUACACUCCCAACAUCGACUCCAGUGAAGACAAAUCCUCCGUUAUGGAAUACGACGGAGAGUGCUGUUAAAGCUCAAAAGAAGCAGCUAAAGACGCAACAGCAGCAGAAAGAGUCCAUCAAGUUUGAGGCAACACUUGGGGACAUGCAUCAGGCGAUGAAAUCACACGUAUCUAAGUCUGCACCCAUUGUCUUGAGCGAUGAGCAGAAAUACAUUAAGAGCCUUGUCGUCGAGCAGGGACAAAGUGUCUUCUUCACAGGUCCUGCUGGUACUGGCAAGUCAGUUUUGAUGCGAGCCAUUAUCCAGGAUCUGAAAAAGAAGUACAUUCGCGAUCCGGAACGGGUGGCUAUUACGGCUUCCACCGGUCUGGCUGCGUGCAACAUUGGUGGCAUGACCCUUCAUAGUUUUGCUGGUAUCGGUCUCGGGAAGGAAGAUGUUAACACUCUUGUGAAGAAGAUUCGGCGCAACCCAAAAGCGAAGAAUCGGUGGCUGAAGACUAAAGUUCUCAUCAUUGAUGAGAUUUCUAUGGUGGAUGCUGAGCUGUUUGACAAGCUGUCGCAGAUCGGCAGGAUUAUCCGUAACAAUGGCCGUCCAUGGGGCGGCAUUCAGUUGGUCAUCACUGGCGACUUUUUCCAGCUUCCACCAGUACCGGAGAGUGGCAAGACAAGGGAGGCAAAGUUUGCCUUUGAGGCAGCAACUUGGAACAUGUCGAUUGAUCAUACCAUCGCCUUGACCGAAGUCUUCCGGCAGAAGGAUCCUGAAUUCGCCGAGAUGCUCAACGAGAUGCGUCUUGGCAAGAUAAGUGACAAGACCGUUCGCAAUUUUCAGGCUCUCAGCAGGCCGCUGCACUUUGACGAUGGCCUUGAGGUUACCGAACUGUUUCCUACAAGACAGGAGGUUGACAGUUCCAACCAGAAGCGCCUCCAAGCCCUUGCUGGUAAAACAUAUCGAUAUGACAGUGUUGACACAGGCAGCGAUCCAGUUCUUCGCGACAAGCUGCUUGCCAAUAUGAUGGCACCACCAACAAUUGAGCUGAAGAAAGGUGCCCAGGUCAUGCUCAUCAAAAAUAUGGACGACACCCUUGUCAACGGGUCUUUGGGAACAGUGAUUGAUUUUAUGACCGAGUCAACUUUCGAGAUCCGAGGCGGAGCCGACGAUUCCGAUGUUGAGUCCGAUGCAAAGAGGCGUAUCCGCUCUUUUGCUAAUGCCUUGUCAAAUAAAGAGGCUAAUAAGGAGUAUCCAUUGGUACGCUUCCAUGCUGUUGACGGCACACAGCGCAACAUCCUCUGCGUCCCGGAGGAUUGGAAGGUGGAAUUGCCAACCGGUGAGGUGCAAGCAGCACGUAAGCAGCUCCCCCUGAUCUUGGCGUGGGCGCUCUCCAUCCACAAAGCACAAGGUCAAACCCUUGAGCGUGUCAAGGUCGACUUGGGGAAAGUAUUUGAAAAGGGCCAAGCCUAUGUCGCGCUCAGCCGUGCUACAUCGCAAAAGGGACUGCAGGUACUGAACUUCCAGAAGUCCAAAGUCAUGGCUCACCCACGUGUCAUUCAGUUUUACAAUAAACUGAGUACAGCCGAGUCGGUGAUGAAGAAGAAGGCCGCUGGCUCGAUAACAAGUUAUACGAUCAGGCGGCCUGGAGACCCAAGGGCUCUGCCGCCGACGAGGCCACAGGACGAGAGAUAUGACGAUGAGCAGAAUGAAGAGGCCCGAAUUGCCUAUGGCUAA